AUGGAUUGGUCUUCGAAGAUCUGCACUAUUGUGAUCGCUUUCCUUGGUACCAUAAUCUGUCGCGGGUUCGCUCUCUCAAUCAGUUUAAACGAUAAAGAAUGCGUAUCAGAGUACGUUCAAUAUGACGGAGACACUGUUUCUGGCAAUUUUGUAGUAAUGGACCACGAUAUUUUCUGGAGUUCAGACCAUCCUGGCAUUGAUUUCAUGGUGACAUCUCCGGGAGGGAAUAUAGUGCACGCUUUAAAAGGAACAUCAGGGGACAAGUUUGAGUUCAAAGCCACACAAAAUGGAUUAUACAAUUUCUGCUUUCACAACCCUGCUUCGACGCCCGAGACUGUGUCUUUCUACAUUCACAUUGGCCACAUCCCUAAUGAACAUGACUUAGCUAAAGAUGAGCAUAUGGACCCGAUUAAUGUAAAGAUUGCUGAGCUUAGGGAAGCAUUGGAGUCUAUUAUAACAGAGCAAAAGUACUUGAAAGCACGCGAUGCUAGACAUCGACAUACAAACGAGAGCACCAGAAAACGUGUUGUCUUGUACACACUUUUGGAGUAUAUAUUAUUCGCUGCUACAAGUUUAUUACAAGUGGUAUACAUCCGUCGCCUCUUCAGCAAAUCAUUUGCUUACAACCGGGUGUAG